GUUUGUCAGAUCUCAAGAGAACAUAGUUCAAGAAGUGACAAAAUGUGUUCAAUGGGAUAUCUAUUUGCUGUUAUUAUUACGUCCUUGGCACUUCGUGAUUUAACAGUUCGAGCGGGUGUUAUUGACAAUGGUGCUAAAGUGGUAGUUGUGCCUCCAACAAAGGAAGUAGAAUGUAUGGUGGAGACAUGCGUUACGGUGAAAGAAUCGGCCGAGGGCGAUGAUAAAGAGGAAAAUGCUCUUGGAAAUCCGGAUGAGAUAGGUGUUGACAUCGUGAAGCCUCAAAAUACAGUUGACAAUAGAACAAAGGAUGCGACUAAUUUUCGCAAUGCUGUGAAUUUAGAAUCUAGCCUCAGUGAGUGGAUCGGACUUUGGUACCACAGCAAAAAUACAGAACCACAUGGUACUGUGUAUUACGAAUGGGACAAAUCAAUCACCGAAGAGCGCAAAGCUGUUAUUCUUAGUGCAAUGGAAAACAUCCAAUUAAAAUCAGGCGGACCAUCGGCUAAAUGUAUCAAGUUCGUUCCAAACAAUGGGCAAUCCAGAAGUCAUCUGACAAUAAAAAGUACGAAUGGAAGGUGCCAAAGCGGAACAGUCGGGAAAGACAAGGAAAGUGAUGCAUACAACUACCUAGAGCUGGGAUCAAACUGUCCAUAUGGCACGAUAAUGCACGAGUUUUUUCAUUCAUUGGGUUUCUACCACGAACAUACCCGCGUAGACCGUGAUUCUUUCAUCAAAAUAAACUACAAUAACAUUUUCAAUGAUCCCAGCGUCGUUAGUCAAUUCGACAAACCAUCCGGGGAAUAUUUCAACGACCAAGUAAAUCUAGCACCGUACGACUUUGAUAGCAUCAUGCAUUACAGCCAGUAUACUUUCUCGAAAGACGCUGGGGCUGGUUUGAAAACUAUUGAUCUUGCCCCGGGAGUAACUACAGAUUAUAAUAUAGGCCAACGAGAGCAUCUUUCGGCUUUAGAUGUUAAGGAACUGCAAAUGUUAUAUGACUGCCCCCAAGAAACAUACGGAGUUAGUAAUGGUGGUGGUGCUGGAGACACAGGUUCAAAUGCAGAAUCAAUGUGCUCAUUUGAGACUACGGAUUCAAAUUGUGGAUUUAAAAACUCGGACUCGUCUGUGUGGAAGAUCGUCGCUGCAUCAACAGUUGGCUCUAACUAUAAUGAUGCUACAACUUUAAGUAGUUCAGGUCGGGUGCUGUAUUUGGCCCCAGGUGAUUUUGGAAAUGCAGAAUUUACGGCAAAUGUUCCCGCCAAUCGUUAUUGCCUGAGUUUGAGCAUCUACUGCGUAACGUCAAACAGCAAGUUACAGAUUUUGGCCAACUCAAAUGUCGUAUCUUUGUUACCGUCGUGCCCUGAUGCUGUAUGGUAUACGCACUCGAUAUCAAUCACGUUGAAUACUCAAGGAACGAUUGCAUUGAAAAGUUACCGUGGAAACUUUGGACAUUUACUCUUGGAUGAUAUCAAGUUACGAACUGGGAAAUGCUAGAUGCCAUGACAAUGCAGCUUUAUAUAAUCUAGAAUUACACAAUUCGUCAAUAUGUAAUUGAAAUAUUAAGAUUCUCGCAAUUUGAAUAAAGUAUCAGUUA